UUCCGUUUCUGUCUGUUUUCUGCCUCGGAGAGGCUAUAGCGCGCCCGCUCAAAUCUCGAUAUGUGCUUCCUACACCAGCAGUAACAGUGUUUCAUAACUUACUCGCUCACACCUUCAUUUCUCCGCGUGUUUAUUUAUUUACCUUGCCGUACAAGGAAAGAACGUGACAAGUGUCUGUUUUUUUUUUUAAAUUUUAGUUUGACAACUGUUCGGCCUUUGAGUCGAGAGAAAGAGUGAAUUUUGGAUUGUUUAAAAAGUACCUACGAUGUUUUGAUAGACGGAUUGAAAAGUGGAAACAAAGAGUGGAUUCCGCGGAUCUGAUGACGGAAGUGCGUCUAAAUUGCGAUUGUGCCGUGGGAAUGGGAGCAGCGCAAUCUUAAGGAAGGAAAAGAUAAGAGAGCGAUCGACACGAGAAAGAUGAUGUUCCCUUCCUGUGGUGCAGUCAACAAUAGAGACGAGGGACCAGCUUGAAAAUGGGAAAUAGUGGCAGUUCCCAUCACCACAAUCAGCAGCAGCAGCAGCAACAGCAGCAGCAACAGCAACAGCAGAAGCAGCAGCAGCAGCAGCAGGGCUCAAGCAAUGAUCUAUUAUGUGCGGAGAUGGGUCGUGGAUGGACGCAUUCCUUUCCGCGAGAACUGGCGAGGCACCACUCUCAACCCCCGGGGCACAAAGUGCUGCCGGAGCCAUCCAAUCAGAGGCUGCGAGCCACCAAUAAUGGAAGCAUCAUUCACAACGGUGGCACCAUAAGUGGUCGUAGACCUUCGGCACUCACGCUUCCGCACGACCAUAAUAAGCAAGAAGCAUCUAGAAACAGAAGCUCUUCGACCUCAAACCUUAGUCAGUCUCGAGCUAGCGACCACUACCAUCAGCAUCAUCAGCAAUACCUUCGAAGUCAUCAUUGUCAGAAUCAGAACCGUAUCUCCUAUUGCGAAAACAGGCGGACUGAAGAGGAUGCUAGAAAUCGAGAUCACGAGAUCUGCUCUGAUCUGAAGAGAUUCGGAAGCGAACCCGACUUGAGACAUUCACUUGUCAGCCACGAGGAACAACCUGAGACCCGGCGUACUGACUUCCGGCUCAAUCCUGAUCAUCGUGACGCACGAGAGCGAGGACGAGAACGAGAGAGCCGUUACCGCUCGAAGAAGAAGUACAAAGCACCACCGCCACCACCGCCACCAGCGGCGAACGGUACCGAGGAUGGAUCCUCUCCUGAUUCUAUCAAGUGGGAACGGGAUCGUGAAGAUCGUAAUUCCCGAGGACGUUGCAGAACCGACCCUUCAGCGAUUCAUCCACCACCUCCACCAAGGAGGUCUCGCCUCUUCAAGACUCGCGCCGAGACAAAAAGGACUCAAGUCAAUUGGAACGGCUCUUCUUCAUCAGCUCUUCAUCAUCAACCUCGGGGUCGAGAUUCUUCUGAGAAUGAAAGGCGUCGUUCCCGGCAAAUAGAGGAAGACGAUGAAGAGGAGGAAGAAGAGGAGGAGGAGGAUGAGGAGGAGGAAACCAUUGCUUCCUGGUCUCAGUGCCGAGAGGACAGCAGAAGAAGAUAUAAAAUCUGGGAGGGAAAGAAUACUCUUCAGAGGAGCAUGAGCAGUCCUGAAUUUCAAGCUGAGUUGAUGCAGGUUGCUAAAAAAGUUCGAACUAAGCUUCAAUAUUUCGAAAGAGGUGCUCCUGUGGGAGAAGCUGUUACGUCAAUGGAUAGAAAACUUUUCUUUGGCAAGAACCGGAGUUUUCAAGAUUUUUCCAAAAUAUCGCGAUCGCAGAAGGAAGAUAUUAACUGCUCCUAUGAGAAGAGGGUAAACCAAGAUAGGAGAAGGAAAAGAAGAAGUGAAGAAAGUAGAUCUUAUGAAGAAAGGUCAUUUUCCGUUGAGCGAGAUAGGUUCCAAUACACGAACCCAAAUUUCCCAAAAUUGAGAGAAAAGCGCAUUGAAGAAACUGAUGCCAGGAUUUUCAGGAAGCCGCUUCGUGAAAGACCUGAGGCGGCCAUCGAGCAGGGACGGUGGAAGGCAAAUAAAAAAAAUCAACUUGAUUUAAAUACAAGGAAUGAAUUCAGCAAGUUGCAGGGCAGAUCGAGGAGUAGAUCUUCUGAGAGUCCCGCUUUAGUUUCGACAUCUACAUCGAGGCAUGCCUCGAGGGAGAAAAUGGAAGUUAGAGGUCAAGGAUCAGGGAGAGAGAGUACUCCUGAAUCCUUGAAAAUCAGGAGGAUUGACAAGGAGAAUUUUGAUCCGAGGAGACGAACGGAAAAUUCCAGGGAAAGGCGAGAAAGUAACAAGGAUGAGUGGCAAGAAUCGCACUUCAAGAUGGAGAAGAAGAGGGAAGCCGCAAAGAAGGAAAAAGGAGGAUCGAAAACAGAAGAGGACCUAGAAAAAAGUCGGAAUCCAGUGCCCGCAGCGGCGGUUUCGAAACCAAAGACAUUUUAUUUUGGCAUGGACGAUUCUCUCACCAAAGAAUCUCGAGAAGUAAAUCGAGAAAGCAGUCGUAUUCAAAUACGACCUGAAACAGAUAAUCUAAUGAUUGACUAUGACGAUCAAAAAAUUCAAAGCGAAAUCGAUGACAUAGCCUUGAAAUUGCGACCCACACUUCCUAAGAAGCAACCGGAAAUCCCGAGAUUUUCACCAUCCGCCGCCUGGAGGUUGCUCUCCGCACUAGAAACUCCCGGACCAGCGAUGAGUACAGUCAGUGAAGAAAUACCGGUCAUGUUUGAAGAGCGAAUAGAACGCCUCUCCCGACCUCCACCGCCGUUGCUGGCCCUCCAAGGUCCCCGAAGUUCCCAUGACAAAUCUGGUGAUUCGGGAAUAUCGGGAGAUGCCGGAGCUGCCAAUGAAGAUUCUAUCGAUGUGAAUAGUUCACCAAACAGGGUAAAACCUAUACCCUUAUUGAGACCAGUAGCCUGGACACCACAGCAAGAUUUAGGAGAAGAAUCCAGCAGUGACGCUGGUCUAGAUUCGCCUCCGCCACCUUCUUUCGCCAGUCCUGUGAAAUUUUCCACAAGACCGCAUGUCUUCUCCUUAUCUCUUCCUCGGGAAGAAAAUCACCGACUCUUCCCUUAUAAUAUUUCAGAACCCAAGACAAAGGACAUCUUCUCCUUUAAUUCCCUCCAGAAACUAAAACGCUCUGUUUCAGGAGCUUUAGGGUUUUCUCCACUGGAGCUCGAAAAAAAACGAGUACCAGUUGUAGAUUGUCUUGAUGACAAUUGGCUUUUGUCAACAAGUGCACCAACUUCUUUACAACACACUCAGAUGGAUCAAAAUAUAGCAUACAACGAUUUUAACGCACCUCACCGAGCCGAUGAAGACGAGGAACAACAAGAGAUUGCCGAGCAAGAGAAAUCAGACUUUCAAGCUCCUAUUAUGAUGCCUCCAUCCUUUUCUUAUUUAGCUUCUGGUGGUCACGUCAUGUAUCUUCCUGAUUCGAUUAGAGCAGGAGCUGAGGGUUCUGCCAAGCAGAAUCUUAUUGAGAACAAUCAGUCUCGUGAGAAGAAAAACGAAGAGGAGAAAAACACAAAUUUUCCAUAUAAUAACAAUACGAGAAGAUCACUGAAUUAUUGUUCCAAGUUCAGGAAGCUGAGGGACGAUGAUGAUUAUGCUAAUGCUGAUGAUAAGUUUUUGCGCUCGAGAGGAUACUCCAAGUCGUGUGAGAAUAUUUCCUAUAAGGCUAGAGGCGCAAAUGUAUCACCUGAACGUGGUCCGGAAAAUCUGCAGGAUAAAAAAGAUGAAAAUAGGGGGAAUAAUAUUAAUAAUAAAAAGAAUAAUAAUAAUAGUGGAAAGGGAGUGGCAACUUCAAAGCCUAAGAGGUUUACGUUCCAGUCUACAGUGAGGCAGAUUGAGAGACGAAGAUUAGCCGAUAGACUUUCAAGAGAAGCAGAGGCUAAGGAAAGACAGAGGAAAAACGAGCUAGAGGCGAUGAGAAAAGUUGAGGAGGAAUUUCAGCAGAAGAGGGCUAGGGAGAAGGCCAAUAUCAGACAGCAGUUGAGGCUUUAUAGCAUGGAUGAAAAUAUGAGUAGUUUGCCAACAAUCUGGGAUAGUUCCCAGAUAUCGAGAGCAGAGCCAGACGGAGCUCCGUCGUCUUCUGCAUCUUCUCCAAUAUCGCCACCUCUGGAAAAGCUGCCAGGUGCUAGAAAAAAUAGUGCAAGUAGUGAAGAGUACCACAGAAAAUCAGGAACGACCCUCGAUUCAAGAACAUCUCAUCAACAACAAUAUCCACAUCAUCCUAAUCGAGAGCACAGAGAGUACAAAGAUUAUAGACCUAAGUAUUACAACUGGACCCCCAGUACAGUGGAUUCUUCUUCUCAUACUAUCGAGUACAAGCAAACAACUAUCCAUCCUAAAGUCGUCUAUGAUAUUCCAAAAAGUUCCCACGUUUUUGUAGAUGCCAACACCCAUGCUAGUAAGCCUGUGCAUGCCAAUUCGACACCAAGGUCUGACAACUACAGGAAAGAUUUUGCUCAUGGAGCUAUCGCAGCGCGAUCCUCACUGGCAAGUAGUGACAGUGAGAUAUCGCAACCAAAUACGAGACCUCACUCUAGACAAACCGGAAGCAAAAGUAAACCACUUCGCUCUAGGUCGACUAGUCCGACGAGAAGCGUGGAUGAGGAUGCUGAUACCAGUUCAGAAAAUGAACAACAAGAGAAACCGGUGGAACCCAUCAAACAACAACGGAAUCCUAUUAGCGAUUUUAUCCUCAAUGGUGGUAUCCAACCCUUUUCAAACCAAGAGAAAAGCUACCGACCUAUUUCUUUCAAUCCUCAACCACAGACUCAAGUACAAUCAAUUCCUCCUAAUCCCACCCCUCCUUCUCCACCUCCUCCACCUUCCACUCCUCUUUCAUCACAGUCAAUUGUAAUUUAGUCUUAUAUCCUUUCUUUAUAUGACCGUAGAAGUAACUAACUUUGGACAGAUUUUUAUAGUUUUUUACAAUAAAACAAUAGAAAGUUAUAAGAAAAUUAUUUAGGAAAUCGUUCAAGUACUUUGCAUUACUGUUCAUAAGGUGUGUUAAUUGAUAAAUAUGUUAUUCAUUAUUUGUAUAUUUUUUAUUACUUGAAGUGUCCGAAGUGAGGUGACAAAAUCCUACACUUCGGAUACUAUAGUAUCAUUGAAAAUUAAAAACUUUUUUUUUCAUUCCAGGUUGUCCUUCAUUGAAAAAAAUUUAAUUAGGAUAUCCUGAUCUAUUAACAAAAUAUUGAAGAAGUCAUUUAUAAAAUAUCGCGGAACGCAAUCUGAAGCGCAGUUUUCUUAAUUAUUUAAAAGACUUAGCCUACCCAUAAACUUUUCAAAUUGACUUUAAAUAAUUUCCUCAUUCCAAUUUGGAUACUGCAAUACCGGCGAUUUUUUAGUUUUGUUUUUUAACUCGUUAAAGACGUUUUCUUCUGAUUAUGUGUAUUUAAAAUCUUUAUUUUUCUUUAAUAAUUCAGUCAAUGGUUUUUAAAAAAUUCUGUAUAUAUUUUCUGUAAUAUCCGACAAGCCCCAAGAAUUGUUUACAUUGUUUUGGAUUCGUUGGUCUUGCAUAAUCUCAAACAUUUUUCGUUCGUUCAGGAUUCACUUUGAUUUCAUCUUUAGCUAUAGCGAAUUAUAGAUAAGAAAGUACUGGUCUUACAUAUUUUCAUUUAUCUGGCUUUAAAAUUAAAGCGAUUUGUCUUGGUCUUCUCUCCUUGUUCAGACAAAACGGCAUUCUGUUAUAUUUAUAAUGUCCGUCUCGUGUAUUGUGAUCGGCUUUCCCUGCAUCUUCUUUUGUCAUAUCGUUUUGAUAAAAUCUGUUUGCUAGAUCAAAGCAUAAAAAGAAGACUUUUUCCUGCCCUAUAUCGAUAAUAUUCUACUAGUCCGCGAGUCGGUAUUUAUCUAAAAAUUUUUUCCCAUUUGAUUUUCUGUAAUAGACAAGUGUUUUCUAAUAUUUUCUUUCGCUAGCCUUUCUUUUACUUGCCUGAUGUUUUCAUUUGGAUGCGUGGAUGGAGACUUGUAAUUUCUUUUAUCUGUCGGAACGUUCUAUUCCGUUCGAAUUCUGUAGGGCGUUAAACUUUUUAAAGGUAUAUGGACACUUCUAAAGGGAAAUAAAUCACGAAAUUAUUAUUCAGAUUAUUAAUUUUAUAAUUAAUUCGUGGCCAGGGGUGAUGGAUACAUAAAGAUUUCCUUUCUGUUCCUGGAGAAGAACAAUUCUUUAUAGGGAUCCUUCUUCUUUCUCUUUGACGGGUAUGUCUAGAAUACAGGUGAAUAGUCCUUAGAAUAUCGCUACUGAAAGUAAACUAAUGUCGAGGAUAUGUUGGUAAUUUCAUUCUUCAUUAUCAAGAUGAUAUCUAGUUCUGUGAUGGUCAAAUUCUUCUAGUGUGUUCUUCAGAAUUGCGGAUGUCAUGAUUUGAGUAUGUGCUAUUUCAUAUUUACUGUCAUUGAUGGCAAAAUCUUUGAAAGUGUCAAUGUCUUCAUUCCUUUUAUCGAUCGAAAGAGGGACCGUAUAAGUUUAGUAUUUACAAAAUUAUCCUUCGUAUUUUUAUUUACAAUUUAACCUAAUCUUCGAGCUAUUUCUAAUUCUUUUUCGUUUUCUUUUCUCAUUUUUAAGUAUUCAGUUGAGAAAGUAGCUUGAGGAUUUUCAUGUGGUCAAUCAAUACUGAUGCUAUAUUUUUAUUGUCAGUGUUACAACUUGUCGAACUUAAAAUUGAUGUGUUUUAGGUCAGACUCUGAGAGAGUUCGGAACAAAGUUUUAGAAAUUACUCCGAUAAAAUUCGCUAGUCAUCUCUUGUAUCUCUGUUUUCGCUUUAGGUGCACAUAUUCUAAUUUUGAGGUUAUUGUUUUCUAGUAUUUCUAAUAUUUCCAAAGGGAGGGGGGAGUCGGAAAAAGUAAAUUUUUAUACCAUAGGGGGUGACAUGUACACCCUCUUAUGGAUUAUUUUCCUACUGGCUCUCUUGACGGGUUAUGCCGUGGUAAUAAUCCGGAGUUCAGGAUCGAAAAAGAAUAGCUCAGUUUAAUUAAAAUCAUGUGAUUCUAUCCUGGUAGGAUCGUCAGAAAUGUUAUAGUUUAGGUUUAGGGAUUGUGUUGAACAAAGUUAAUCGAUAAUUUGUUUUUGUGCUGUCUCUGCGUCUGACCUCACUCUUCGUGGUACCAAAUCCUCUGUCUGGGUCAAUCGUGGUUAAAGCUUCUCUUAGGGCUUGUUUAGCUGUUUGUCAUACCUCUUCUAGCUGAUUCUGGGUUCUGUUCUCAUAGGUAAUGAGGUCAUAUUUUUCCGCAGCAAUCUUUAACAGAUUUCAAAUGCUAACGAACAAUUGUUCUAUCUGAUCCCACCGAUGCCACCAAAAUUAUGUUGAACUUGUAAUAUUCCUUAACUUGCUUAGGACAAGAUGUAUUCUUUGUGUCAGAGUCUAGAAUAAACUGCCCUUUACGAGCAUAAUACAUCCAUUUAUAAGUCCGAACGAUCCUAUUGAAAGUCUAUAUAUACGGUCCUUUCUAUAAAAAACAAAGAUCUGAAUAUACAAUACCCUCUAUUAACAGGAGGUACCCUUCGUCAAAAACAGUAUUCUUCAAUUGAUUUACUGGAGUUGCAUCAUGCUCCGAGAUGAUUUUCUUUUGCGUGAUCGCUAUUCAAAUUACUAGACUGCUUUCACUUUUUUGAGCUACAGCCAAGAUUUUCAGUGAUAUUUGAAUUGGAUGAUUGGAUGAUCUUUGACUGGAACACUUUUAUAACCAUUGUUUUUUCUUGUUAGUUUGAGUUUCAUUUGCACCUAGCUUUUUUUGCUGAAUAACCAUCACGAAUGAAUCAGUCCAAAGUAUGGGAUCUGAAACUUGUUGUUGAAUCUUUCGAAGAAAAAAGCUUAAGAUUCACUAUAAUGAUACAUCUGAUUCUAAAGCCGGCUACAAGAUUCAGAGAAGCGUUUCCUAAAGUUGCAAUGGUGUCUUUUUGCAUCCUUGGAAGUAGAUGCAUAGAUCGAUUCUAAGCAGCUUCUUUAAUAUCACCUUCAAGUUGUGUGGGUCAUGAAUGUUUCAAUUUAUAGGCAACGUAGGAUGGUAAUAACAUACUAGAUGUAUAGCCUGUCAUCUGUCAUCAUUAUAAUAAUUAAUUAUAUCGGGUCUAACUGCAGCUCGUCCUUUUUUGAUAUUUUCGCUUAACCGCGAAGAUUCCUAAUUUUAUUUAACUUUUCUUUUUACAUUCUUCCUGAUUUCUCUGAAUAGUUUUUUACACAACGUCUUCCUGGAAGUAAAGAUCUCUCGCCGUUAAAGGAAACCCCCAUUCAGGCUAUUUUAGUAACCUUUGUUUUUCCUGGUUUCGCAGGAUGUUUUACCCGAAAUUUGUCAGAAAUUUUACUUCGGGGCACCCCUAACUGUUUUGAUGAUCUACGGAUUGUAUAAAAAAAAUAUUUUUAAAGUUUUAAUAUUGUCACUGUUUCCCAGAAGUUAGAAAAGAUCAAAGUCCAAAGUUAAUAAACAUGUCUGAAGUUACGUGCUUCUACGGUACAUUUUAAAUUUUUGAUAGAAUAUGAUAAAUGAUGAUUUUUAAUGUAUAUCCUAUAACAAAAAAUGUAAACUCUUCGCUAAUAUUUCAAGAAAAAAACAUAAACAUUUUUGCUGGAAAAAAUAAUUGAUAAAUACCCCGACUUUUUAUUUGCUGCGCCAAAAAGAAAAUUGGCAUGGAAACGUUAUUUUAUUCCUCUUGUUUUGCAUUUUUGAAAGCGCAGGAUGUAUAAUAUAUGUGUACAAUAGAAGUCAAAUAGAUUUAUUUUUAUAGAUUUUUGUAUAAAGUUAAUUUAAUAAUAUAAAAAUAAUAUAUACAUAGGUAAAAUAAAAUAAUAUAUAAUAUGUAAUAUAUAAUACAUUUUUAAAUCAGCGAAUAACAAAAGUUCAGCUCCUAACCAAAUGUGUUCCCCGUGUAUAAUACGAUUUAUUUCAUGUUCACAAUUAAUGCUUUAUAUAUCAUAUUUUUGUAUUUUAUAUCUAUUAAAAAAGGUACAAGGGUGAUCCAAAAAUGAAUGAUGAUUCUUUUUAGUAGAGGCCAGCGUAGCUCCCCCCCUUCCGAUAUUGAAAAUAAUAGGAAAAAUGUCUUCCUAAGUUUCAGCCAAAUGCAGAUAAUAGGAAAAUGUGUGCUUUUUGAAAACUACUAUCUAUGGUAUGAAAGUUUAAAAAAAACUUGCUUGGUAUUUAUUUGCUUUGAGGAGUAUUGAAAAAAUAGUAUUUGCUAGAUGAAUUGAAAAGUAUGACUGCUUCUCCCAACAAAAAAAUCUGUAAUGUACGUCAUAUUUUGCUGUCCUCUAGUCGAAAGUCGAUUUUUUGGAUCACCCUAAUCGCUCAUGCAUACAUGCAUAACUAUAUAAAAUAGUUUUCUAUUUUGUUUUUAAAUGCCUGAAAUUUAAUAGUAUUAACAAAUGGACCAUUAAAAGAUUGUUAACUCAUGGAAACUUUCAUAUGCAAUCUAAGGCGAGAUGACACACAACAAAUUAGUAUUUAAUUUGUAACUCAAGAGGUUUAGGGACAAAGUUAUGAAUUUUGUAAUUAUAUAUGUACAGGGAUUUUCCAAGACAGUGUUUUGCUCACGUAAUGUAAUAAUAAAAUAAAAGAAUUCUUUGUUACAAAA